GUGAUUGUUGCCGGAUAUGCCUUGGCUAUUUAGACACGUUCAAGAAAAUCUCCCUUUGCUUAAACAGGGUUAAAUUCUUACACAAUAAUGGCUAUUUUCCACAUUAAAGUUACCACAGGAAAGAAAUUUGGCGGCUCCACUCAGGCAAACGUGUACAUUGUUCUGUAUGGGGAGCAGGGAAGUUCAGGUCGUAUACAACUUCGAAACAUGGCCAGCGAUUCGCGAGAUGACGAAAACUUUCAGUUGGGGCAAACAGACGAAUUCAUCAUAGAGUCUAAAGACAUCGGAAAUCUUCAAAAAAUUAACAUCGGGCAUGACAACAUGGAGGCUGGCGUGGAGAGCGCUGAUUGGUUCCUGGAGAAAGUAGAGGUUACAUGUCCCCACGACAACGCGUCCUGGCAAUUCCCAUGCAACGACUGGCUGGCAAUGGACAAGGGGGACGGGCGAAUUGACAGGGAUUUGUACCCUCAACCGUUUUGACCAUAGAAGAAUGCUUCAUUAUUUCUCUGUUCAUUCCAAAAAAAAACCCGUUCCUCAUACAUGUCCAUUGUGUAACUACUAAUGUAUAACAAGCAACAGUCAGAAUCAUGCGCGGAUCCUUUU